AUGUGUGCAACCUCCGUGCAAGUCAAGGUAGACCUUCCAUCGUACCGGAUCACAGUUGUGGACAAUGGCAGAGGCAUUCCGGCAGAGACGCUGCGGUCGCUCACCGCCACAGAACGAGCAAGCUCAAAGGCGAACUCCGCCGUGGAGAUGCAGCACGCGUCUACCUACGGGUUUCGAGGAGAGGCGCUCUACAGCCUGGCCUUGACGUCCUUGCUGGAGAUCCAGAGCCGCUACGCUGGAAAGGAACCGCAUGCAAAGGUGGUCCGAGAGGGUGAAGUGCUACACUUCGGCCCCUCCCGAGCACCCGCGCGCGCGGGCACGAUCGUCACUCUGCGGGAUGCGUUCUUCAAGUGGCCCGUGCGUCGAAAGGCAGCCAACGAGGUGACGGAGAUGACACGCAUCAAGGACUGCGUGUCGAGGAUGGCCCUGGUGAACAACAGCGUCGCGAUCACCGUGCAAGACUCCGCCAAGUCGAAGGAGGUGGUACGGGCCACCGCGACGGGGAGCGCAACCAGAACCUUCGCCCAGGUCUUCUCGUCCGACAAGCUCUCGCUGGCCAGAAAGGUGGAGUUUUCUGUUUGUGUCACGAGUAAGGCUGCGAACCCCCGAUGGUGGAUCCACCUUCCUUUUUGUAUUUGCAGCAUCGGCAGCAGAAGCGGUAUGGUGGGUUUUUCCAUUUUCCACGCGCUGGCCUUCAACUUCAAGCAGUUUCGGAUCACGGGGUACCUGUCCCCGCCCUCGUCGACCGCAUGCCACUGGUCCAAAGAGUUCCAGGAGCUGUUCCCGGUGUUCGUGCUGAACCUCGAGUGCCCCCGGAGCGAGGUAGACAUCAUGUCGGAUCCGGAGAAGACGUGGAUCGAGUUCUCGGACUGGGCCGCCGCCAGGAACGCGUGCAUAUCGAUGCUGCUGGCAUUCCUGUCCCGCUUCCCGCACGCAGUGCCUAGCUCCGUCCUACGGGACCUCCGGCGGGCGUUCCACAAGAACGAAGGCGGUGGCGGCGAUGCCUGGAAGCCGGCCAGCCCGCCACCGCCGCCCGCCGCCCGCGGAGCCUCACCCGACCCGGGGCCGUCACCGUCUCCGCCCCCCAUGCAGCUGGGUACGCCGGACGUGGGGGUGUCUCCGGCGGGCGCGGGCUCGCCGUUGGAGAGCUGCGCCUGGAUGGGUCGAGACCGGGAGGUGGGCGGGAUCGGCGUGGAGGCCAUGGACGAAGGAUCCCGGGGUGAGGGUGUUCUCUACCCUUCUCCGGCCUCCCGUUUCGGUGCUCGUGACACCGGCCCAUCAUCAUCAUCAUGGCGAAUGCCGGGCCUCUCUUUCAUCCCCGGCGGCGGUAUCGGCGACGACAACGUCCCCGGCAGCAGCGUCGCCGUGUCGCCGUACUUCGCCGCAAGCUUCGAAGACGACGGCAAGAGUCGCUACCACGAGGGCUACGACGACGACGGUCACCCGACCAGCUCGCCCUACUUUGCCCGCUGCCAUCACUACGACGGCCGCCGCAGCCCUCCUGAUAAACGGCUCCGCGGGCGACAACUCGCCCUGGGUGAGUAUACCGGCGGCGAGGAGGAGCGCCGAAGACGAAUGUGGGAUCCCCGCCCUUCCGCCUUGGGUGCAGAAGCUGGCGCCCCCUACCCUCCUCCUUCCUUCGCCGCCGUUCGCUACGAGGGUCUCGGCAUCGAAGACAACGCACUGAGAGACCAGACGCGAGGUUCUCGGGGCCACGCAGAUUCUUCCGGCGGGGGGUGGGCGGCGGAAGGCCCUCCUGGCGGAAUAGGAACGUCCGAUUUUCUGCCGCCGUCGUCGGAGGAGGAGCCCGUCUUUGAUGACCCCCCGCCGCCGAACGAGACUAGUAGUAGCGCGCAAGAAAACCGCGGCAACGGCCGCCACAGCAGCCGUAACGACGGACAGCGGUGGCAGAGCGGAGGCGGUGGUCCUCCUCCUCCUCCCUCGAUUGCUAGUAGUACGAGGGGAAGCAGGCGUGGGGGCUGGCUCCGGCAUCUUCAGGGCGUAACAGAGAUGCGCCCGGGUGAGGAGGAUCUCGUCCAGGGCCAGCAGCAGCUGGAAAAUGAUGCCGCGGACCAGGGUAGCCUGUCGAGGCUGUUCGACUACGCUUUCGCCGACAGCGACGGGCGGCUCCCGACGGGGCCGGAACGGACCGGAGCGCUCGACGAGUGGGGCGUGCGCGGUGGCGUCCGGUCUUCGUCGCCACGGCUGCUGCCGAGGGGUGAAGGCGGCGGCGGCGGAACGGUGGCGGGGAGGAAGGCCUUCGUCGGCGUUACGGUGCGACGCCCGCCGAGCCCGCAGUUUGCCUUCAUGAACGAGGAGCGCUCCUCCCCCGGCGGUGCCGGCGUCCCCCCCCCGGCACCUUAUUCCCCCGGGCGGCAGCAAAGCCCCCCGCCGGAGGCCCGGCAGCGUGAGACACUUCCACCACCGAGCCGAGAGACCGGCGGCGGCGGCGGCGGCGGCGGCGCGAGGACAUGCAACCCAGUUAAUCAGCAACAGCUUGGUGCUCGGACCAGAAGCCCGGCAAGGGCCACCACGAGCCCUCAUCAGCCCAGCCGCGGGUUUCCUUGCCGGGGGGAUGGUGAUACCCCCGGAGCGUGGGGAGCGGCACCCGUCUUUGGCGGCACCGCUCCGCUUGGGUCAGCGCUUUGGAUGGCAUCAUCUUCGUCGUCGCCCAAGACUGGAGGCGCGCCUGCAAAGGGAGGCACCCUUCCCCUCUCGAAGAAACGAAGGCGCCCGGAGACCCCGGGGUCAAGCUGGGGCGGCGCAUACCGCAGAGGUUCGCCGAGCAUCGGUCGCUGGGCAGGACGCCGCAUGGAGGACGCUGAGCGGCAUCGAUCACCACCGCCCCCGGCUAUCGACCGUCAGUGGGGGGUGGUCAACAACUCUCCCGGCGGAGAAGGAGACGGCGACGGCGGUGUGGGGUUGGGAGACGGGUGGCUUCGGUGGGCGCGGGGGCAUGGCCGCGAGCGGAACAGCGGCGGCGGGUCGUGGGGACGGAGGGGGGACGACACCCCUCCUUCUGCAGCGGGAGACCGAGCAACGCCAGCAGCAGAAGCAGCGCCAGCACCAGCAACGCCAGCAACACCAGCAACAGCAACAGCACCAGCACCAGCAGCAGUAAUCGCACCAGCAACAGCAUCAGCAUCAGCAACAGCAACAGCACCAGCACCAGCACCAGCAGAAGCAGCACCAGCAGAAGCAGCACCAGCAGUCGCCGUCGCCCGGCUCCUUCAAGCGGACAAUGAUGGCCUUGGAUGGCACGACGACGCAUCACCGACGCCGCGGGGCGGCGCGGACGAACCAAGACACCACCCGGAGCACGUUGGAGCGGCAUCGCAGGCGGGGGCACCACCGCUACGGCGCGAUGAGAGAGUUUGCGCGGCAGAGGGCGAGUCGCUGGGUCCUGUGGCACAGGGGGAGGCAGCGGAGACGACGCCUUGGGAUGCAAGUGUGAACAACAAGGAGGGCGACCAGACGGAAAGACCGGCGCCAGCCGGCGGGCAGCAAGACGCUUGUCGUGUCGAGGGUGGCGGCGGCGGCGGCGGCGGCAGCGGCGGCGCUCGCAGCAGCAAGGAGGACCGGAUGCGGGGCGCGGGUGCCGCCCUCGCCUACGACCAGGAUGUGCUGGGCGGCGACGGGCUUGGGGGGGGCGGCGAGGAGGAGGAGAAGCCGGACACGGUCGACGGUGUCCUCGGGAAGUUCCUGGCAACAGGGGGUUACGACAGUUGUCACGUCUCCGACGCCGGUGGCAGGGCGGUCUACUCCCCCCAGGGUCCCGGUGGGGGCCGGGCGCGGAAGGCCGGCGGCGAGGCCGAGAAAGCGGCAGCAGAAACCGACUCGCAGCACAACCCGCUGCCGGGGAGGAGAGAAAGGCAGAUCCCUCAGGUGCUGCAGGCGGGCCAGGACGAGGUCGGCGCGGGGGCAGGCGCGGUCGCGGUGACGGUCACCCCGGAGGAGUUGGGUGAGGCGCUCCUGAUCGGCCAGGUGAGGGGGAGUGCACUCAUGUAA